AUGAUGAAAGAUAUUGCUCGGGACCCCAGUCUAGCCAAACGGUACGGUAUCGUUCUCACUGAAGAGCAAGAGCAAGCUUAUAAACGUGAAGGUAAACUACAAGACAAGGAGAAAGAUACCAGUAAUCUUAAGAAGCCACAAGUGCCACCUCCAUGUGAAUGGCGCGAAGCAACAGCUUCUGAUGGCAGAAAAUAUUAUUGGAACACUGUUACCAGAGAAACGCGUUGGACUCAGCCCGAGGGUGUUUCCAUUGCACCGGAAUUGCUUUCAGUCAAGGAAGAGAAAAAUAAACUCAAACAGUUUGUUUUAAACCGACUCGUUGAACUGAGUGAGUCGGGAUCUACGGAGGCCACUGAAGCUGUUCACCAAGCAUUCAAUGCUCCCAUUCCCAGCCCAGAGACAAACGAUAUUCCCAAAUCAACUGCUGAUAAACGAAAGCAGACUACCAAACCCGAUGAAGCUAGUCCUCUAACGUUUCAUGGUCCAAAGAUUGAUUUACUGGGCCAGUGGGUUCCAGUGGAGGAAAGUCCUCAGAAAAAAAUGCCUAAGCUCGAUCUACCCGGGGAAAAAGAACACCGCGCCUCGACAUCCGUGACCUCUCCAACGUCUGAGGAUACAGACUCGCGAACUGCAGUGCUUGCACACUUGGAGGAGACGACUUUUGCAGAUAUUCACGGUGCUGGUCGGCUAGAAACAGGGGAGAAACAAUUGACACCUGGAUCUGUUUCAGUCCCCGGUUCGACCAAUCGGAAUGUUCCACGAGUCGUCUUUCGCAAAGGCAAUAGCUCUGUAUCAAAUCGCAGUUUUCGUACUACGUCAACGGCUGACUGA